AUGUCCGAUCUUCACGAUUUGUGUAAAUUUCUGGAGCGUCCAAUCCUGUCCAAAUACACUGAUGAACUCAAGUACUACUUAAAAAAUGGAAUUCCAUCCACCUAUACCAUCGAAGAGGCCUACAACUACACAAAUGGCAUCGAAGAAGAGCCCACCACUACCACCACGCCUUUACACUUGAUUGCUACACAUCUCCCAGAAGAUGCCACUAAAGAGGAGUUGGAAAUCGUCAACGAAAUGGUGCUGAUACUUUUUGAAUACGGUGCAGGCUGGUGUCUCACAGAUGUGAACGACGAAACACCAGGAUGCAUUUUGAUUAGAAGGAAGCUUAACAAAAAUGCCAUCUACGAUCAAAUCGUUGAUGCUGGAGUUCGUGCAGAGCUUCUUUUGAGAAAGGUUAGCGAGUAUGAUAUGGAAAUCAUUGAUGAUACUGACGAUCUUGAUCAUGAACAAUUUGGCGAAAUCCCAGAGUUAGUGACUGGAGAACCUGAACCCAAUACCAAAACAGAGCAGCUGAGCGAGAAAUCAAAAGAAGAAGCAGAAGGAGAAACUAAAUUUGAAAGUGAAAGUGAAACUGUCACCGAGCCAUCAGCGAAGUCCGAACCUGCUCCAGAGCUUGACCCUUCCCAUAAUCAAGACGCAUACCUCAAGUCCAAAUUGGAAUACAAAAAUGGUGCCCUAGUUACACAGUCCAACCAAGAUGGUGUAAUGAUGGAGUGGGAGACUGACCUCAUGAAACUUGGAUGUGAUUCCGUCUUCAAGGGAGCCUUGGUGAACGGAAAGCCCGAGUCUGAGGUUAACAUCUUGAACAUUGGUUUCGGAAUGGGCAUUAUUGACACCAUGAUCAACAACAAAAAUCCCACCAAGCACUAUAUCUGUGAGGCACACCCUGACGUGCUCCAGAAGUUAAAAGACGACGGUUGGUAUGAGAAGUCAAACGUUAUAAUUCUUGAAGGAAGAUGGCAGCAGGAGCUCGAAAAGUUGCUUAGUGCUGGGAAUGUUUACUUCAACGGAAUAUACUAUGAUACAUUUUCCGAGCAUUACCAGGAUAUGUUGGAGCUUUUUGACUAUGUUGUUGGUCUUUUGAAGCCACAUGGUGUUUUUUCUUUUUUCAAUGGCUUGGGAGCUGACCGUCAGGUGAUUUAUGAAGUAUACAAGAAGUUGGUAGAAAUUGAUUUAGGAAAUUAUGGUCUCAAGUGUGAGUUCACUGAAGUUAAGGUUCCAGAUGAAACUUUGAAGAAGGGCGAUGACAGUGUCUGGGAUGGUAUUAGGAAAGCUUACUGGCUGUGUCCUACGUUCUAUCACCCGGAAGCUAGAUUCAUGGAUUUUGACUAA